UCGUUCCGCUUAGUAUCAUCACUGCCCGCCAUCCUCAUCGUCAAUACCAGCAACGACUCGCUUAGCACCAAGUUCAACAUGUCUACCAUCACUACAACUGAAUCAGCCGCAGCGCUGAAUGGAAACUGGCACAGCCAUGUGUUGGCAGACUAUGAGCUCCACCACUCCCAGCCCCAACCCUGCGAAACUGGCACCCAGUCGGCUCCAGUUGCAUCACCAAUCGACCGUCAGUGGGAUACGCAACACCGCCGCGUACCCGCCUACAGAGCCAUAAACAGACACAGAGAUCAGUCUGAAGUUAGAGUCUACACAAGCCCAGUGGAGCGUGUCUUCAUCACAGUCAUGUUUACGGGCCUGAACAUCAACGCCGGUGCUGCACAGUAUUGGAGGGCCUCUUUUGGAAGACUGACGGAUCGGGUGUUUAGAUAUCAAGUGGGAGGAGAGCUAUGA